AUGCAAGACCAUACAUAUACGGACACCCCAGUUACGACAAAAACCACAUCAGCAUGGCUACCGCCAUUCCUUCGAUCAAGUAGCACUUCCAAAACAAGUCCCGAUGAAACCUCAAUAUUACUUCCAAAACCUCUGGAUGGCACUUCACAUUCCAUCACCUCCAACUCUACCCUGGCAGAGUUUCUUCUCCUGGUCAAAAUGAGCGUUCCUGUCAUUUUGGCCUACACCCUUCAGAACUCACUACAAACCAUCUCGGUCCUAAUAGUCGGACGGAUGUCGCCAGAACACCUUGCUACCGCUGCGUUCUCAUAUAUGUUCGCUAUGUCAACCGCCUGGCUAAUUGCUCUGGGUGGUACAACAGCAUUAGAUACACUUUGCUCCUCAACCUUCACUGGUUCUCGAAACCCUUACGAGCUUGGGAUCCUACUUCAAAGGGCUUUUGUUGUUCUAGGACUAUUCUAUGUGCCUGUCGCAACACUGUGGUGGUUCUCGGAGGGUGUAUUUUUAAGGUUGGGACAAUCCGCAGAGCUGGCUCAGCAAUCUGCGCUUUUCUUGCGAUGGCUUAUACCGGGAGGAUUGGGAUAUAUUUAUUUCGAAGCCACAAAAAAGUUCUUACAGGCACAAGGGAUCAUGGGAGCGGGAACUUAUGUACUAUUGAUCACGUCUCCGGUAAACGCGGUGCUAAACUACUUGUUCGUUUAUACAUGGGGAUGGGGAUUGAUUGGUGCGCCUAUUGCCACAGGGAUAACAUAUUGGGCAGAUUUUGCAGCAAUUGUGGCAUAUGCAAGGGUUUUCAAGGGGUGGGAGAGUUGGGGCGGAUGGGAUAAGGCCUGCUUGAAGAAUAUGGGAGUCUUCGCCCGGUUAGCAGGAUUGGGGGUAGUCAUGGUGGGAACUGAAUGGUGGGCAUUUGAAAUUGUCGCGCUUGCGGCUGGCCGCCUGGGCACCGUCCCCCUUGCGUCUCAGAGUGUCAUAAUGACCACCGACCAAGUCCUCAACACAAUCCCCUUCGGCAUCGGCGUUGCUGCCUCCACCCGCGUUGGCAACCUUCUCGGUGCCCGUGACGCCCGUGGCGCUUCCCGUGCCGCCAAUACCGCUGCUUUCCUCUCAAUUGCAGCUGGCGCCCUCGUCAUGAUCAUCAUGCUCGCCGUUAAGGAUUUCUACGCCAAGAUUUUCUCCGAUGAUGUCGAUGUGAUAAAGCUCACAGCAGAGGUCAUGCCACUUGUUGCACUGUUCCAAAUUGCAGAUGGAUUGAACGGCAGCUGUGGUGGUGCGCUGAGGGGCAUGGGAAGACAGCAUGUUGGAGCUGCGGUGAACCUGUGCCUGGCACUCUAUUUGGUAGGUGUAGCGGAGUGGGCACUGGUUGGCUGGAGUGAUUGGGAGUUACAAGUGCGAAAGGCAUUUGAGAGGAUGGAGGUGGAUGAGCAGAUUGAAGAGGGUGGGCUAUGA